AUGACAAGGAAGGGGAGGAUUUGGUCGAGUAUGAUGAUAUUCCGGCACCGAACUCGAUCGGAGCUGGAACAAAACCCUGAACCCGAACUCGAUCGAGCUGAAGAAACCGAGACUCAGAAAGACAAACCAGAACUCGAUCGAGCUGAGAAGAGAACAGACAAAGCAAGCUCCAGCCAACCAGCUAAACCUGUUGCAAGGAAGAAAGAUACUCCAGCAGGACCACCACCAUACAAACCCCCUCUGCCUUUUCCAGGAAGGUUCAAGAAACAACUAUUGGAAGCACACAAGGCUAAGUUUGAUGAACUAAUGAGACAACUUGAGCUAAAGUUACCUUUCAUCGACGCCUUGAUGCUCAUUCCACCUUAUCAGAAAUUCCUGAAGGAUGCUGUUCAGCAAAGAACCAAGGAAGCACAAGGGAUGGUAGUGUUGACUCGUGAGUGCAGUGCAAUCAUUCAGCGGAAGGUUAUCUCCGACAAAAAGGAAGAUCCGGAGAGUUUCACUUUACCCUGCAUGUUGGGACCCCUAUCUUUCAAAAACAGCCUCUGCGAUCUAGGAUCAUCUGUCAGCCUCAUGUCUUUGUCUGUAGCAAAGAGACUGGGAUAUCACAAGUACCAAGCCUGCGGAAUCUCACUAGUCUUGGCAGAUAGAUCGAUAAGGUUACCAACUGGAAUGCUUGAGGACCUGCCUUUGAGGAUAGGGAAUGUAGAAAUCCCCACCGACUUCAUUGUGCUGGAAAUGGAUGAGGAACCAACAGAUCCAUUGAUACUAGGAAGGCCAUUCCUAGCUACAGCAAGAGCAAUGAUCGACGUCUGUGAAGGCACAAUUGAGCUAAACUUGGGAAAGGACCUAAGGAUGAAGUUUGAUAUCAAGGAUACAAUGAGGAAACUGAUGCGGAGUCAGGUUUUACCAAACUCCUAG